UUUCUUGGACGUUUCCAGAGCAACAUCAGAAGCAGCGUGGUCUUUGUUGCGGUUAUAUUGACCAAUAUCAUUCCUUUCCUUUUUUGUUAGCUGAGAGUCAGGGUUAUCUUAUUGAAGGUAGAGGAGUUCUCAUCAUGGUCGUUCUUCAUGUCAAGCGAGGCGAUGAAAGCCAGUUUCUUCUUGAAACUACUGUACAGUCACCAAUAGAAGAUGUUGUCAGCAGAACUGUGAUGAUACAUAAUGGCAGACUCAAAGUGUAUAGAAUUUGUAGUGCAAUGGAAAUGCUUGCCGAACAUGGAGUAUCUUUACCCCCUGAAAUGCACGGCCUCUCCGAUGAUCAGGUUGAAGAGCUCAAGAUCAAAGACGAUUUUUCGGAGUCAUGUGUCCCGAGUGGAGGUUUCAGUGAAAAUAAAGAUCCAUGUGGAAGGAGAAAUGGGCGCCGACCAACGGAAAAAAUGCAAGAAGUGUUGCAAAAGACCAUUGCAGAGGCCAAGGGUUUAAUUUCAAAAGAGUUAGUCAAGAGCAACACAUGCCUCACAGAACAGCACAUAUGUGACGCAAUUGACAUCCUGAGAGGAGCCAUCAUGAUCGCCUACCCCAUGAACCUGCCUCCAUACGACCCGAUCAGAGAGGAGUUUGAGAAUCGUGAGGAGUUGAAAGGAACCCAAGAUCAUAAGAUGGUUCUCGAUCCAUCAGUAACACAGCUUUGGUUUGCUGGGAAGGAAAUGCUGUGCGGGAAGAAACUACUAGACUACGUUGGCAAAAAUGAAAAAUCAAAGGUGAUUGUGAAGAUUCAGCGCCGAGGCCAAGGGGCACCGAGCAGAGAGCCCCUUCUGUCGGAGGAAGAGCGCAAAAAACUCAUGAUGGCUGAAUUCCACAGGCGAGAAGAAUUAAAGAAAUUGGACCAGGAGGAUGACGACUCGUACCUCAAUUCUCCCUGGGCAGACAAUCGGCAACUCCAGAAGUCAUUCCAAGGAUUGGCCAACAUCUCUUGGAAGCCACACUGACAACGAUCUUUUUAAUCUUGUUUCAUAUCUUGACUAUGUGGUAUAAUUUUCUCAGUUUCUUUUAGUUUGUUUACUUGAUACUUGUUUUAUAGAAAUUAUAUUUAAAUGACAAUUACAAUAAAUAGUUACAAAAGAGGCAGAGGAAGUUGCAACAGAAAUUAACAUCUGAAGCUUACUGGUUAUAUUUGUUGAGUAUGCAGUCUUAAUUACAAUGAGUGCUUUUUAUGCAUUUUACUAAGGAGAAUUUUUAUUACUGAAAAUGUUCUGCUGCAUCAACAUCUACGGUCAUUAGCAACUUAUUCAAAUAAAGCAACAAGGUGGGGUUUGGGGUGAAGCCCCCAGGUUCAAUAAAGCAAUAUUUGUGAAUUUCCAGAAUGGUUGAUGGUCAAAACAAAUAAUGCGCCAGACAUCGAGAGUCAUAUAGCAUUAUGAUAAAGUAUUGUGGCAAAAAGGUUAAAAAUUUGGUAACAACUAGGAUAAAUGGACAGAAGACCCCCCCACCCCCUUCCUGCAAGUCCCUUGCUCGUUGUGGGGUGAUCCAGUGUAGGGAUCACCCUGCCUUGGACCACAGCCCUCACCUGCACUAAUUUUGCAGGGUCUUUUCUUCCCCUUUCCCUUUCAUUCUCUUCUUGUGUCCACUUAUCGAAAUUGUUAAGCCAUUUUUAGUCUUUUUUUGCCUGAAUAGUUCAUCAUAAUGCUGUGUAACCUUUGAUGCCUGGUACAUUUUUGAUUACUGACCAUUCUGGAAAUCCAUAAACAUUGCCUUACUGAGUAAUGCAAUGUUUAUGGAGGAGGCAGUGAAAAAAACCUUGCAAAAUUAGGAGAGGCAAGGGUUAAGGACCCAAAGUAUGGGUGAUGCCCUACAUUAGGCCUUAGUCUGUCUCCUAAGCCGUGCCACGACAAUGAGCAAGGGAUUGAGGGGUACUAAAGAGAAGCCGUUAUUUGAAUUGAGGAUUGUAUUAUACAGCCAGUAGUUAAUUUCCAUACCUUGCUUUUCUUUAGAGUUUUUUCUUAAACAAAUUACAAAUAUUCAUCAUUUAUCACAAAUUGUAUAUUUAUUAGAACAAAUAAAGUGGAAGUUCA